UAUACACGAGACCCUUGUCGAAGCACUGUGACUUUAUCGAAAAUUGUGCCACGAUCUUCUCCUAAAUCCUUCGCCGCAAGUCAUCCAAACAUAGUCGAAAAUGUCCUCUUCUCCUGUCCCAGCGACCUGCAAGGUUAUCUUGGCUCAAGGAAUUGCUAAAAAGUUACUUGGAGAAGUCGCGACGGAUCUAGAGAAGUUAACCUUCAAGCCUAAGCUUGUGGGAUUGUUGGCAAAUGAAGAUCCUGCAGCUCAGCAGUAUGCGGACUGGUCAAUGGCUACAUGCAUUGAGAAUGGUUUCGAUUUCGAACUCCGAAAGUUCACCAAGGAAGAGAUCGAAGACGAAAUCCUCAAAGCGAAUAACGACGAUUCCAUCCACGGUAUCAUCGUAUAUUACCCAAUCUUCCCCGCGCCUUCUCUACAAGAUGGAUACAUCCAACAAAUAGUCGCUCUCAACAAAGAUGUAGAAGGAUUGGCGCAUACCUACCGUUUCAACAUGUACCAGAACAUUCGAUUCCUUGACGCUCCUCACAACACCCAAAAAUCGAUUUUACCUUGCACACCUUUAGCAGUUGUCAAAGUUCUCGAACACCUACAAAUCUAUAACUCGGUUCUCCCAUAUGGCAACCGUCUGUACGGAAAGACGAUCACAGUAUUCAACCGCUCAGAGGUUGUUGGUCGUCCAUUGGCUGCUUUACUUGCCAAUGAUGGUGCUACAGUCUACUCUUGCGAUCUUGACGGCGUGAAGCUCUUUACCCGUGGCAAGGGUAUCAAGAAGAUCCAUCACGAGGUACACGAUAUGGAAGGAAUGAAGAACGAUGAAUGUUUGCCCAAGAGUGAUGUGGUCAUCUCCGGUGUUCCAGGAGAGAAGUUCAAGAUCAACACUGAAUUGAUCAGGGAUGGCGCUGUCUGUAUCAAUUUCUCAUCUCAAAAGAAUUUCGAUGGCCCUGCUGUGAAGGAGAAGGCUUCGAUUUACGUACCUUCCAUUGGAAAAGUUACAAUUGCUGUUUUGUUAAGAAAUCUUUUGAGAUUGGUAGGAAACCAAGGAAAGGGGGCUGCAAAGCCGGUGGAAGAGUUAAACUAAAAUGGAAUUGGGCUAUUAAGGAGGAACCGAAAAAUAGAAAGGCGUUUUUGGAAGAUUUAUACCAAAGAGGAGUUGAAAAUGAUAAAGGAUAGGAU